CUCCGAGAAACGAAAUAUGCAUGCCGAUCGCUAAGAUUUGUGAGAUCGUUCCGGAAUAAUCAUCUACGGUUUUGGAGCAAAAUCGAAACCGCGCUGCUCGGUCAAUGUUUUUUAAGUCGUGACGAUCGAUUCAGUAAUCCGGAAGCUUUCCGUCUAGGCUGGGAGGAUGAAGAAGAAUACAUAGAGAACCAGUGCGCUGAACCAAUUGCCAGAGAUACUAAUUGUUCAUUCGAGCAACAUCGUGAUGUUGUGCUUCGGUAUUCCGAUAUUUCUGUUUCAGUAGCGGAAGAAAAGAGUUGUCGUGAAAAAUGCUUGAGCGAGAAAAUUUUCCGCUGCCUUGGGUAUACGUUUGCAAAUACUUCGGUCAAAGCGGGGAGAUCAGUUUGUCAUUUACAUUCUGAAGAUUUGAUAAGUUUGGGACCGAAAGGAAUAAAGGUACAAUUUGGAUCACUUUACUCUAGGCGAAUACCAUUCGAACUUCAAACGGCGUGUUCCUUUAAUAGCAUAAUUGUCACUUAUAAACCCCAAAGCAAUGUUGGAAGUCUAAUGAAUUUCAUGUCGCUGCAGAGUAACUGUAGCAAAAUUACAAAUUCAAACGAAACACAAUUUCUGGAAAUUUCAACAGGGAACGAGUUAGCAGAGUCUCGAUGUGGAAUACGCAGAGCAUUCAUCAAAGGAAAUAUGGAUAGUUAUUUGGUUUUCGGAUAUGUUUAUCUUCAAAAUCUUCCGGGAAUUCGUAUUCAAACGGAUCGACUAAUGAAAGUUGGAUGUAUACAUCGAGCGGAAUCGACAAGCAUGACUUCUUUAAUCACAAAUAUGCCAAUGGUAACGACGGUGGAUUUUAUACCUAUAAAUCAGAUGUUCAGUAUCAAAAAAAAUAGGUUAAAUAACGGCACAGAAGAUGUGAGCAGCCAAGUUAUCAGUCAACUUAUAGAUGUCGACACUCAAGCGGAAAUAUUUGAAGCCACGCUUGGUCAGUUAAUAGAAAUGCGUCUAUCGGCUAUGAAGGAAAAUCUAGAUUUACAUAUAUUCGACAUGGUUGCUUAUUCUGGAGAUGAUCAACUUAUUCUUAUCGAUAAUAAAGGGUGUCCCAUGGAUAGGCGUAUUUUUACCGAUUUUCGAAAAGAUAACUCACAACGUGUAAAGCGAGCUGCUCGUUUUCAUGCAUUUAUGUUAUCAAGUUCAACUACUCUUAGUUUUAAGCUCAGUAUAAAAUUUUGUGAUGAUUCAUGCCCUAAGACAGUGUGCUACUAUCAAUAA